GAUGUGGAUGAUGUGGAUGAUGUGGAUCAAGUGGGUCUGGUGGAUGUGGUAGAGAGGAUGGAUGCUAUUUGUGCGCUUGUGCCAACAGGCGCACGGCGUGAAUGUGACCGGCCAGUCGCGGUUAGUGGCGGGUCAGAGAGGAUUUCACAUGCGGCAGCGACAUUCAACCGAGGCGGCAUUGCCAUGACGAUUGAGGCAAGACGGGACGGUCGGCCGAGUGACCAGUCACGCCAAUCGGUCUGCGAAGGAGCGCUCAGCCACAGUUGCCACGCCGGGCUCUGGUUAGGCACACUCGUGCGCAACGUCAUGGCAACCAGAUUCAUGGACACAGCGACCUCACAUGGGCACGACAACUCUGUACUGCAUUCCUUUGAGAGAGCAACAUCACAUGUGGCCACUCUGAACGACAGACAGACAUGCAAACAGACAGACAAAUGUUACGCGCUCGAAUCCCGUCGAGGCAGCCUGAACCGCGAAAGGGUGUCUGUCGGAGAGGCUAAAAGUGAAAUCUGGCCCCACUCCCCUUCCGACCAAUUCGACACGUUCGUCUUGCGUGCAGCUCGCGACGUGUCUGACAACCACUGUGUAUCGAGGAUAACUGUUGGCCAUUUUGGUUGUCCGUUCGCCGGUUCGGUCAACGUCUACGCCGUCGGUGACACGUCGGCGGUUGGCCGUUGGCGACCGGCGGACACAAAGCCGCGGUGA